AUGGUCAUCCUCGGCGGCCUUGAAAUCCUCGCAGCAGGCUACCUUCUAAAACAACAUCUCAAACACAAAGAGGAGAAGCAGCGCCUCGAGAUUGAAGCUUUGGACCUCGACGAGCAGUCUUAUCGCAUUUAUUCUCCUGAUCGUGCCGGUCCGGGACAUCGAAGACGGAGACAAUCUCACGACCGGGAGCACGAUCGCGCUUAUGAUAGGGAUGCGAGUGGGGAUAGAGGGAGAGAAAGAAGUAAGGAGCGCAGACCCAGACGAAGAGAUUCGCCAGAAAGAAAAUAUACAUAUGACAAAAGGGAGCGGGGUAAUCGAAGAGAUGAUAAGAGGAGAAGUAGAGAGGAUCUGAGAUAUACCAGUUCGCCACCACGAAAAGGAUAUUAUGCGCCGCAUCCAGAAACGCAGAUGCGACAACAUGCGCAUUCACCCGUUGGCGCAUCCUCAACGCGAUGGGUUCCUCCACCACCUCCUCAACAACGUAUGAAUAGCCCGCCUAUCAUCACUACCUCUCCUCCUUUCAACCAUCAUUCGCAACCUCAUUAUCCGCCUUAUCCAACAUCACAACAGCCUCUUCACCCAACAUUCGCGAAUGAACCAUAUGCUUACCCGCCCGAGAAGCUACCCGAGUCUAUGCUGAGGCCUGGUGCGCCCACUCGGGGCCGCUCAUCAUCUGCGCCGGGCGAUGUAUAUGAGAUUCCAAGAGCGAAUACCUCGAGAGUUAGGAUUGCGGUUCCGGGAGAAGAUGAACUUACAAUUCCGGGCGAAACACAAGAUCCGCCGCCUGCAUAUGAAGAGAUUGGAGGAAGACAUUGA